AUCUGUGUGCGUGUAUUACGCAGCAGGCUUACUUCUCAUUACUCAGUAGAGGGCUGGUCUUUGUCGUCACCGCUCCCAACAUAUAAUACAUGAGGAGGCAGCGGCCACGGAAAAACUGGCUGCUUCUGGUUUCCAGGCAUAAAUACAAAGCGGAGCCGGUCUGUGGGGAAAACGGCACAAAGGAAAGCGGAGCGCUCCGAGGUUUAAAAGCAGAAGACCAAGAGUCAGACUCCAUCAAAGAAGAGCUUGGACGGCAUGCAAAGUUGUGACAUUUCCUCAGACAGCACUGAUGAUCCUCUUAGUAGCGGCCUACGCACUCAUCGGCAGCCUCGAAUAGUAGUGAUUGGCGCUGGCUUGGCUGGCCUUGCUGCAACUAAGGUCCUACUGAAAAACGGUUUCACAGAUGUCACUGUCCUAGAGGCAUCAGACCACAUCGGCGGGCGAGUUCACAGCAUUAAGCACGGAAAAGCAACUUUGGAGCUUGGAGCCACCUGGAUCCAUGGUGCCAAUGGGAACCCAGUGUACCACAUAGCAGAGGACAACAGGCUGCUGGAGCACACCACAGACGGGGAGAGGAGCGUGGGACGCAUCAGCCUGUACACCAAGAAUGGUGUGGCUCACUACCAGACCAAUGUUGGGAAGAGGAUCCCCAAGGACCUGGUGGAGGAGUUCAGUGACCUGUACAACGAGGUGUACGAGCUGACUCAGGAGUUUUUCCAGAAUGGAAAGCCAGUUUGCGCGGAGAGCCAGAACAGCGUUGGCGUCUUUACACGAGACGUGAUGCGCAAGAAGAUCAUGUUGGAUCCUGAUGAUUCUGAAAGCACCAAGAAGCUCAAACUGUCCAUGCUUCAACAGUACCUCAAGGUGGAGAGUUGUGAAAGCAGCUCUCCCAGCAUGGAUGAGGUGUCUCUGAGUGAGUUUGGCGAGUGGACAGAGAUCCCUGGGGCACAUUAUGUCAUUCCUGAAGGCUUUAUGAAGAUCGUGGAGCUCCUGUCCCAGGACCUGCCCUCCAGCACCAUCUGCCUUAGCAAACCUGUUCGCUGUAUCCACUGGAACUACUCAGCCCAGCAUCAGGAGGUCAUCGCCAAAAGCAGUGACAUCAGGCAUGACAGUAACCACAAUGAAAACAGCCACGGUGGCCAAUCUCACCAGGACCCUCUGAUCCUGGGUCCCCCCAUUUAUGUGGAGUGCGAAGAUGAGGAGUGGAUCACGGCCGACCACGUCAUUGUGACAGCUUCUCUGGGCGUGCUGAAGCAGAACCACGAAGCCAUGUUUUCCCCUUCUCUGCCUGAGGACAAGGUGCUCGCCAUCGAGAAACUAGGCAUCAGCACCACCGAUAAGAUAUUCUUAGAGUUUGAAGAGGCCUUCUGGAGCCCUGAGUGCAACAGCAUCCAGUUUGUGUGGGAGGAUGAGGCUCAGCUGGAACAACUGGUCUACCCAGAGGAGCUGUGGUACAAGAAAAUCUGCAGCUUUGAUAUCCUCUACCCGCCGGAGCGCUAUGGUUAUAUGCUGAGUGGCUGGAUCUGCGGGCAGGAGGCGUUGUACAUGGAGCGCUGCGAUGAUGAAACUGUGGCCGAGACCUGCACUGAGCUGCUGAGGCGUUUUACAGGGAACCCUGACAUUCCAAAGCCCCGGCGUAUCCUGCGCUCCUCGUGGGGCAGUAACCCCUACAUCCAAGGCUCCUACUCCUUCACCAGGGUGGGCUCCAGUGGUGGGGACUUUGAGAUGCUGGCCAUGCCACUGCCUUACGCCAAAAGCACCAAGGCACCGCCUCUGCAGGUCCUGUUUGCUGGAGAGGCCACCCACCGAAAAUACUAUUCCACUGCCCAUGGUGCUUUGUUAUCGGGACAGAAAGAAGCCACUCGUUUGAUAGAGAUGUACCAUGACUUGCACGAAUCCACAAAGCCUAAUAUGUAAAAUAAAUAGAACCUCAAACUAGUGACAAAAAAACAAACAAAAAAAAAAACCUUGAGUUUUCAGCUUUUUAUCUUGAUCAUUAACUUAAACAUAGCUCGGGCAUUAUUAUAUUGAUAACAAAUAAGUAUUGUUUCUAAUGCACUGUAGAUUCAAACCAUGCUAAUUUGAGAUGUACUGUUCAAAAGUUGCCAAUGGUGCUGUCAUUUCUUGUCUUUAUGAUAAUGUCAUGUUUUUUAAUCAGUAAUUUAAUGUUUUAAUAACAGCAUCUGUAAUUUAACUUGUUUUGUAAGUGCCUUCUGUAUGUAACAUUAUUUCAACAAUAAUGAAAAUAUUGAAAAGAAAAUUGAGA